CGGACCACUUCCAAUCUCGUCACCUCGGCAACGAGGAAUAACGAGCGCGUCCAAGCUCGAGCUCAUCCCCCUUGAUCCUACUCUACAGUAACUCCGUACGUGCAGGAAUACUGUAAGGAAAUCUUAUGGGAUCAUCGACACAUAUAGCCCUGAUUUCUCGUGAAGAACAACACGUGGAUGCCCCUUUUGAAGGCUAUAAAUACCCCCCGAGGGUCCUCCCUAAAGAUAAUGUCUGUUGCAAUGUAUCUGGAAUCCCUACCAAAUAUUCUACAAAAGAAGUAUGCAUUGAUCCGUGAUCUGGACAAAAGUUUGCAAGAAAUUGUGAGACAAAAUGAACAACGUUGUGAACAAGAAAUAGAGGAUAUCAAGAAUGGUGUCAGGGCUGGAAAUAUUACACCAGAUACUUCACUUAUUAGAUUCUCAGAUGAAGCACUAGAUGAGCAAAAGCAUAGCAUCAGGAUUGCAGAUGAAAAAGUUGCCUUGGCUGUUCAAGCUUAUGAUUUGGUAGAUACACACAUACAACAGCUUGAUCAAUAUUUGAAAAGAUUUGAUGAAGAGCUCUGGCGUGAAAGAGAGAAUGCUGCCGCUGCCGCUGCUGCUGCUGCUGCUGCUGUUGCUGUUUUGCCUGCUACAAGUCUUGAUGGCAGUGUGAAAUGUGGAAGAAGUAGUGAAGGUGGAAGAGGAGGGCGUAAAAAGUAUCCACUCAUCCUAGAUAUCCUUAUAUUUGGUUUCCUUAUGGAUUGUUUAAACUUGUUUUUGUUAGCUGUUAUUGUGUCUGUUGAUUCUUGCUUUCGCCUUCCUGAGGAAGUCAUUUUCUCUAUUACUUGUGCAAGUUGUCUGAGAUCGCCCCAGAAUUGAACUGACCUGAAGUGGAUCAAGUGAUUUUGCCUAGUUCUAUUUUCCUUCUGAAUUUAUUAAGCGUGUUCAAUUCAUGGCUCGCUUUGUUCGUGGGUUUUUUUUUUUUUUUUUAAUUAAACAAAUUUUAAAAG